AUGUUGUGCAAGGCAUUCACUGCCCUUUCCGUCCUUGCUGCUGCUACUGCAGUAGCAGCCACUGAGACCCACGACGGCAUCGAAUACGAAAUCCGCUGGGAGCCCAAUGGUGCUGCCGAGACCGCUGCCAUCAAGACUUCCUACGAGACGGCCGCUGCCGAGGAGGCCUACACACGCAUACAGUUGGCCGUGAACUCUGAGACAAACACUCAGGAUAUUGGAAAGACCUGUCUCACCUCCGUCGAGAGUGAGGCAGAGCCGGAGAAGCUGUACAAGCUCAAGGAGUGUAUCAUCGCCGAGGCUGGAGAUGACAUCUUCUUCGACCUCUUGGCCGACGACAUCACCAAGUCCGAUGCCUUCUGGGCCAAGGUCAUCGCUGAGUCCACCACCGACCGAACACAAUGGAUUCCCGCCCGCCAAUACGCCAAGGCCUACUUCAACGGCAAGCUUACAGCCACCGCCUUUGCCUUGUUCGAGGCCAGCUCAAGUGCUGAUGCGGGCAACCUCCGUGCCAAUGCCGAGCACUACUACAAGAAGUCAGACAUUCGCCCUGAUCUUAGCCAGUCGUCCAACAUCUUCGAGGGUUGGGGCGGCGUCCUCUCCUCCUUCGGCACCAUGCGAACCAACUUCACAGUCCCCGACUUCCAGGUACCUUCAUUCGGCACAGACGAGUACCCAAGCGCGUGGGCGAUCGACUCCGCCUUCCCCACUGCCCUCCAGCGUGUGGGAGAGAAGAAGCUCGUAACCGGAGAGGCCGCCGGCCAGACCUUUGGCGUUCUGCACAUCUCCGUCCGCGACUUUACCGAUGACAAGGGCUCUGGCAUUGAGAUCUACUCUGCUGUCUGGUACCCUCCCUGGGACAAGGCCAGUGAGGCCGACAGGACCGAGUUCGCGGAGAACUAUGUGCGGGACGAAGCCCAUCACAUGGUUGUCGAGGUCGUCAACCUCACUCUGGAGGCUGCCGGCCUUCAGUAG